AUGUCAUUCGGACGAGGUGCACCACGAGGUCGCGGGGGUGGCUUUGGUGGCCGCGGUGGAGGCCGUGGAGGAUACCAACAGCGAGAUAUGGGACCGCCGGCCCAGAUUCUAGAAAUGGGCAAGUUCUUACACGCAUGCGAGGGCGAAAUGGUCUGCGAAAGCAUCAACCCCAAGAUCCCCCAAUUCAACGCCCAGAUGUUCCUCGAGAAUAAGACUUCCAUCGGCAAGAUCGACGAAGUUCUGGGACCCAUUAACCAGGUCUACUUCACCAUUAAGCCUUCCGAAGGUAUUCAGGCCACAUCAUUUAAAGAAGGCGACAAGUUCUAUAUCUCCUCGGAGAAGGUGCUUCCCAUGGAGCGGUUCUUGCCGAAGCCCAAGGGGCCGCCUGGUCCGAAACCGAAGCGCGCCGGCCGCGGAGGACCAGCGCGGGCUGGGUUUGCCCGUGGGGGCUCACGUGGCGGACGCGGCGGCGGUGGACGCGGCGGGUUCUCAAGGGGAGGAGGUCGUGGCGGGAGCGGCUUUGGUGGUCGUGGUGGCGGCAGAGGAGGUCAGGGCAGGGGAGGAGGUGGAGGUGGCCGUGGCCGGGGCGGCUUCAGUCGGGGGUGGUAG